CACGCUUGCACUUCGCGCCUGCAUUCGCGCGCCCCCGCGCGGGAGGGCGCGUGUCCGUAGCCACUGGAGGGCGCGCAUGCGGCGCGUGUCCGCAGCUACCAUUUGGGCGCAAGCGGCCCCAGCGCAAGAGGCGGAAGUAUUGCCACGCAUUGCCCGGCCUCAUCGCCCCCCGGGCGUUCCUCUCAUAUCCCUGUGCGCAUGCGCCUGCUGCAGCUCUCCGCGGCCCACCUGCGCAGCGUCGGGGAGCUGCUCGCGCAGGGCUCGGCGCUCCGCCUCGCCCUCGCCUGCCGGGCCUGCGCGGCGGCGCUGCGCCACGGCAGCCUCUGGCACUUCAGCUGCCUCGUCUUGGACGGCGACCAGCGCUACCACCCGGCAGGCAUCCUCUCGGCCGUCGCCGCCGAGGGCAUCCGUGUGCUGCUCGCGUGCAACCUCGGCUGGUCGUUGUUCCGGGAGCUCGCCGGGCGCCCCUUCAACGAGCUCCGCUCCCUGUUGAUCUCCGAGUGCAUGUUUGAGGGGGUGGGCGCGCGGGCGGUUGCGGAGCUGGUCGCCCGCCACGGUGUCCGCAGCCUGGUGCUGCACAACUGCUUCCUCGAGGAGGGGGACGUCGCGGCGAUCGCGGCCGCCGCGGAGCCGCUCGAGUGCCUGUCCCUCGCCGAGGCCGGGCUGCGGCCCGUGCCGCUCGGAGGGCCUCUCGGCGCCAUCCUGCGCCACGGGCGCCUCGCCCAGCUGUCGCUCUGGGGCUGCCUGCGCCUGGAGGAGGGACGACUUCAUGGCAGCCCUGCGCGGCUGCUCCACGCUGAGGAGGCUCCGCAUCGGCAACAACAGGGCGCUGCGAGACGGCACCGUGCGCCUCCUCUGCAAGAGCAUGGGCGGCAGGGUGGCAAGCCUCGACCUCUCUGCCGCUGCUGGCGGGGCGCUGACGGACGAGUCCGGCGCGGCUCUGGCCUCGGCCCUGAGCGAGGGGCUCGGCCUGACGGAGUUGCGACUGGGCGGGCACAGGAUGACCAGCAGAUCGCUGGCAGAGCUGUUGGCGUCUGGCAUGCGCCUCCGGGUCCUCGACCUCUCCGGCAACGACCUCGACGCGCCCACGGCGGCAGCCUGCGCGGGCUGGCCAGAGCGCCUCGAAGUGCUGCGCGUCGGCUCGGGCGGCGAGCGCAGCUUCGACGACUUCGACGGCGACGAGGGCGGCGAGGGCGGCGAGGAUUACGGGGGCCCGCCGAGCGCCGCGCGCUGGCGGCCCUGGACUGGGUCGCGGGCGGCCUCGGCACGCUGCGGGUGCUGGACGCUUCGCGGGCGGGCCUCGAGGACGCGGCCCUAGUCGGGCUGGAGGCCGCCCGCGCGGGUGCCGCGGGGCUGGCGGAGGUGGACCUGUCGCACAACAUGCUCACGGAGGACGGUGCCGCGGCCCUCCUGCGCACGCUGGCGCACGGAGGGAGCCAGCUGAGGCGUCUGGACCUCGCGAUCAACUAUCGAGGGGGUGCGCGCACGUCGCCGCCGCUAUGCGCCUUGGUGGGUGCCUCGAGCUGCUGGAGAGGCUGUCGCUGAGGGCGAACUCCAUCGCCGAGGCGUCGGGCAUCGCGGCAGCUGUAGCCUCGGCCUCCAGUGCGCUCCAGGAGCUCGACCUGCGCGAGAAUCUGCUCACGGACACGGAGGCACGACGGCUGCUGCGCGCAUGGGCCGGCGGCGGCCGCAGCAGGCGCGGCAGGGCAGGCCUCGAUGGAGGCCUGGCGCUGGCGGACAACGUGCUGUCGGACGAGCUGGUGGCGGAGCUGGGCCAGGGUGCCGCGGGCCUGGCGCGCGAGGCGGCGACGGAGGGGCCGACGCCAGGACAGGCGUCGCCAGCCCCGCCAGGAGGAGCGGUGACGCAGCCUGCGGCGCCACAGGGCGUGACGGGUGCAGCCACCGCCGUGCUUGACUCCGGCGACCCCGCGUCGGCGUCUUCCUCGGGGAGGCCAGGGCCCGCUGCGCACCCCGCGGGCGUGAUGGAUGAGGAACGCCGGGCAGAGCCUUCGCUGCUGACGCGCGAGCAGUGGCAGGAGGACUUGGAGUUCUUCGCAUGGGUCGAGUCUCAGAUCAAGUGAGUGGUCCCUCCCCAUCGGUUCCCUACGCUGGGAAGAACUACACUGACGGCCAAG